AUGAACGAUAUCAAACUUACAAUGCUGGGCAACGCGGGAGCGGGGAAAUCCGCUCUCGUUGUCCGGUUCCUCACCAAGCGAUACAUUGGAGAAUACGCCUCUACUUCAGAAAGUAUCUACACGAAGCAAAUGACUAUAGAGGGGAGGCAGACGAAGCUCCGGAUCUCGGACCCCUGUGCACAGGUAACUGAUGAGUUACAGAAGGCAGACGGGUUCCUCGUCGUGUACGAUAUCAGUCACAGAGCGUCGUUUGUCUUUGCAAGAACCUUAAUCUGCCGACUCCGAGAGACCAGCGCCCAGAUGUGCAAAAGAGAUGCAGAGACGGUCGUGUUCUUGAUUGGCAACAAGCAGGAUCUGAGUCACAUGCGCGAGGUCACCUGGGAGGAGGGACAAAAGGUGGCGCUAGAAAACCGAUGCCAGUUUUACGAAGUGUCAGCCGCCGAGCACUGCCAGGAGGUCGCCGCCAUGUUCACGACAAUCAUAAGGAAUAUCGCUUUAAACAUAAAAAUCCGGGAGAGGAGGCGGCCGAGCGGCUCGAGGUCCAUGGCCAAGCUCAUCAACAACGUGUUCGGGAAGAGGCGCAAAUCCGUGUGAGAGGACGUGACCGCACCACAAAGAGACAGACACAAACCACGAGUCUGAGUGCAAACCCUCACUUACAACGCGGGGUAACAGGGCUACAAAAACAUAUGUAUUACCCUCUACCAUUUCUGCUGGGAGGCUGUUCCACUUAUCUAC